UUUUUUGAUUUUUCGAGACAGGGUUUCUCUGUGUAACUUUGCACCUUUCCUGGAUCUCACUCUGUAGCCAAGGCUGGCCUCGAACUCACAGAGAUCCACUUGCCUCUGCCUCCCAAGUGCUGGGAUUAAAGGCGUGCGCCACCACCGCCGGGCAAUUGUCCACAUUUUAUGCCUAGGAGGCCAAUAAGAAAUGCAAAAUGGCUCCCUGCUAGAGGUUUGUGGAGUAUCUGAGGUGUUCCUGAGGGAUAGUGGCCAUAGUGGGCCAGAGCCACAAGCUAAGCUUGGCAAAAGGGGCUGCUGAAUUGCCCAGCAGGCCAUGGAGAUGGUUGGGAAUGCACAGUGGGCUAAGAGGCAAAGGACACUGACUCUGAUCCUUCUGGCCUUCGGGCUGUCCACAGUCACUGGAGAUGUGGUCCCUAGCCAUAUGUGUUCCUGGAACCUAACUACUUCAAAAUGGCAGGGCUCUAGGAGUAUGAGCCUGGUGUAUGCACAGUGGUAGCUGUCAGCUGUCAGGAAUGGCGGCAGAGAGAUGGCAGGGAGUGGGUGGUAAGGCUGCCAGUUAGUAGCGGAGACAGUUUCUAAAGUCACUGACUUAAAUGCAUGAAAUAGGCAGUUGACUCUCCUCUGCUUUAUUAGAAGUGUCCCCAUUUUCUUUACAUUUCCUUCUUACAGAUCAUGCUUGUUUCUAACUUAGAUGGAUUCUUUCCCUAUUUACAUUCUGUUUGUGCCACUUGCAUGGUUAAUUUCUGCCAUAACCUAAGUUCAUGCCUAUCAGAUGUCUGUCAUUGUCUCAGUUUUCAUGGCUGUUUUAAAGUCUACUGAAUGAUGAUUUUUAAUAAAACUAAGAGGUGUUGCGUUCAUCUUACAAAGCCAUAAGGGAUAGGAGGUGAGCCUAGCAGGUACAGAUGUGGAGUGGGGAUGUAAAGAACUGUUUCCUAAAGCUCUGGGGUUCCUGGGUUUCUUGAGUCCCUAAAGACUAUAUUACAGGCUUUCAAUACUAAGUGGCAAUAGUGGGGGGGGGGGCGGGUAGGGAGCAUGGUGAGAUGAGGCCUCUAGAUGGGGCCCCUAGAAGGACUCCGUGGCCAUCACCUCCCACUGCAUGCUUCUGCUGCAUGCGCCUGGUGAUGAGUGUCACAGCUUUUCACAGUGGAACUGACCACAGCUGCACUAGGGUUUGUGGUGAGUUGAAGCCUUGCAGGCAGGUGGGACAGGAAGAGUGAAGGUGAGUUCUGCCCAGCAGUGGAACUUGGACCAGAUCGGAGUCUGUAGAUCAGGGACCCUGAGCACAGGUCAGGCCUGGAGUACCUGGCUCACCUGCUGCCUGGCUGGCAGGUGGAAGGGGGUUGAUCUCCUUCAGACCUUCAGGGCUUUGUGAGGUUUUGUUGCUGCCCUCCCCCUGCUGUUUGGGGGUGUUUAAUUUCUGAUAUAAAUUAUGUCAUCCCUGCUGAAGAGCAGUAAGUGGGAUUUUUCUUUGCUAUGCAGGUUGAUUAAUUCCGGUCUAGAAAUCUGAGAUGGAAAAUGCUCCAAAAGGCAAAACUUUGGAGCACCGUGAUGCCCUGUGUAGAGAAGUCCACACCUGAGCUCCUGUGAUCAUUUACAUUCAGAAUGCAGGCGCACUAAAAACCCUGUAAAAGUUACCUUCGCCUAGGUGUAUAAAGAACAACAUAUAAAUGAAUUUCUUGUUUAGAUCUGAGGGCCAUCUCUAAAAUAAUUCAUUAUGUACAUGAGAACAUUCAAAAUCAAAUAUUCAAAAUACAUCUGACCCCAAGGAUUUGGGGAAAGAGUAGUAGACCUUGGUAACGGGCUGGUUUUCUUAGUAACUUGAUGUCCCCCUCUCAGUGCCCCGGUGCUGGAGUCCCAGCUUCUCAGACAGUCACUUAGUAACCGACACAGCAGAUAGGGCUGGCUGGGUACUAAGGGACGGAGUUUCGUCUUUCCUAGUUACACCUGUGGUGACCUUGUUUCCAAAAUGGUGCUGGUGGCACACCUUCCUGGGCACCCAGGCACUGUCCCAGUACCCGCUGCACCCAGGCCAGAUCCCGCCCAUGUCUGCACUGCCCGCUCCUGGUGUUUACCAGGAGACGCAUGUGGCUCCCUGAGCUAAGGGACAGUUUGGGUGGGCCAUGUUGGCCGGGAUGCAGCCAACCCCCCCGGAGACUGUGCCCACAGGUGCCCAUCAGCUUCAAGGACUUGGCCGUGCGGUUCUCUGAAGAGGAGUGGCGGCUCCUGCAGGAGGGGCAGCGGGAGUUCUACAGAGACGUGAUGCGGGAAAACUACGAGACGUUGGUGUCUGUGGGGACCUCUGAGCUGCUUCCUCUCUCUGCUUUCCUGUCACCCACAGAGCCUGGAGGAGCCACCGCAGGAGAGGGCCACCAUGAUAAGGGACAGGAACCCCCACUGGAGCGUGGUGCCCAGGGAGGGCAGCCCCAGCAGAGCCUACACCUCACCGCCUUAGUGCAGCUGGUGAAGGAGAUUCCAGAGUUCUUGUUUGGAGAAGUGAAGGGCACUGAGGACUACUCUGAGAGUGGGAGCACCAGUCUGGAUGGGGAGCGAGCGAGCCCUGAGGUAGCUGGGGCUGUGGAAACUUACCCUCCCCGAGGCCUGCUUCGUUCUCUUCCGGAGAGCCCUGCAAGCCACCCCAGCCUGGCCACCACACCCACAGGCAGCUCAUCUUCCAGUGGCCCUCCUGGAGACUGGGCCCAAGAAAGCCCCCUGCCUACCAUAGGAGCUACUGAUAAACCACUCUCCAUAGAGAAGGAAGGUUUAGGAGCCUCAGGAGAGACUUCCAUUCAUUCCACUCGAAGCCUGGACCAGAGCAAGAGCCACCUAAGACAAGAUAGAGGCAGCAUAGGAACAGGAACCUGUCCUGAGAACAGUCCCUUGCAAGGCCUCAUCAACUGUCUGAAGGAGAUCCUUGUGCCUGGGCCCCAGCACCGUGGGACAGCCGCAGACUUGCCAGCUUCUCUGCCUGGCCUGAGUGUGCUGAAGCAGAGCAGAGCUGAGGUGGAGCCAGGGAGCCUGCCCUGCCCGGUGAAGACAGAGGCAAUAUCCGGGGAUUGUCCCCUUCAGGGCCUGCUGAACUGUCUGAAGGAGAUCCCAGAAGCCCCAGACAGGCGUCCCAGCCCCUCAGGAGCAGGGGACCUGCAGCUGCAGGAAGAUCCAGGGAAAAGGAAUUCUGGAGGGAUGAGAUGCCCCCAGACUCCUCCUCUCCGCCGUAGUCAAGGAGCUGGAAGUAUGCUUGCCGUGGUGAAGGUAGAAGAUGGCUGGGUCCAGAGUCCCCCAGUGCCAGCAUCUUGCCAGCUUAGCAGGCAAGGCCACGGUCCCUAUUUCACUGGAGAUAGCAGAGAGGUCCGUGUGCCCCGCUGGGGCCCCAUGACUCUUGCCGGCAGGGCCUCAAGCUCACCCCUAGAAGCUCUGGAGGCCUGUCUGAAGGGCAUUCCUCCAGGUGGGUCAUCACCUCUUCAGCCGCUAGCCACCUCAUGGUCCAGAAGUCCCCAGCCAGGAGAUGCUGGCUCUCAGAGACUUGAGCUACAGCCACAAGGAUCUCAGAGUGCAGAUGCUUCGAGAGAGCCACUUCUGCCUCUGAGCUUGCGGGGCUGCAUGAGAGAGGGACCUGGGAUUCAGUCCUCUGGCUCCCAGGGUACCCCUACCAGCUUCUCCUCAGCCAGCAGCAGUGAUGGGGAUCUGGAUUUCAGGAGCCCCAGGAGCAGUCAGGGGCAACGGCUUGGGAAAGGGCAGAAGAAAUGGCUCCCCGGAUUCACAGAGCACUGGCUACCCAUCCAAGACUGUUCAUGUUUGACUACAGGAUAUCUACCAGGACACUCUCCACUGCAAGGCCUGGAGAACUGUCUAAGAGAGAUCCCUAUUCCCAGGCCACAGGCUGCCUGGCCUUGCUCCUUGGCUGCAGACAGGGGGUUGAAGAGAACAGAGCCCAGGAACUGGACUGCGGACACAGAAGGACCGAGGGGCGAGGCCUGUGAGCCACCCCACCUUGGACAGGGUCGGGGAGAAGUGCCCAGCAGGAGUCUCCGUCUAGGCAGUCCACAGACCUGCGCCCCCACCUGCCACCAAGUGACUGCCAGGCCAGGACCGUGGCAAUGGCCGAAAGAUGAGACAGCCACCAUGCCCUCCCCUCUACACUGCCUGGAGAGCUCUCUGAGGGGGAUCUUGCCCGUGAGACCCCUGCGUUUCACCUGUGUGACUGGUCCUGACCCCAGUCCCAGCCCCUGCUCCAGCUCCAGCUUCAGCAGCUCUGAUGGAGAAGACCUAAGGCCAGAUCCUACAUUCUGGCAGCCACCCCUCCAGAAGAAAGACCACCUCCCCUCCGGCAAGGGUCCUGUCCCUCUGUGCCCUGUCCCUGGAACAUUCCCAGGGAUCAACAACAAUAGCUGUCUUGCUGAAGACCCUGACAGAACAGAGUCCAGGGACUGCAGCAGCCUCAGUACAGGAAGAGCAGAAGGGACAGGAGUCAAGACCCAGUCACCCAGAAGAGAAGGAGCUGCAGAGCACACAUGCCAGCCUGGCCCUGUCAGCAGCGCUGAAGUAAAAGGAGGAGGAGAAAGAGGAGAGGUAACCGGGUGCCCGUGGCCUGCCUCUCAGCUGGAAGAAAGGCCUGAGCCCAAGGGUGCUGAAGACACCAGUGACCUGGAGCCUGGACAUGGGCAACCCAGUGCCACAGCCAGGACUCAAGGGAAGCUGCUCUCUGGGGACCCUCCGGAGCCACCUAGCAAGUCUCCCCUUCCCACAACUGUCUUGUCAAAGUGGCCACCCACGUCUUUCCAGACACCAUGCCCCUGUGGCAGAUUCCUGCAGCAGGAGCUACACAGCCUUGGUACUGCCCUCACGGACAAGCUGGAUCAGCUUGCAUCAGCCUUGGCAGGCCUGACUCAGGAAGUGGCCACCAUGAGGACCCAGAUGGACCGGCUGAGAAGGCGCCCACAGAGCCUUGGACCAAAAGGCCAGGCUUCCUGGCGGUUGACCCUCCCCCAGAGACCUCGCUGGGCCAACAGACUGGACCACAGACACCUACCCUACUGGAGGCAGAAGGGCCCCAGCAGGCCCAGACCAAAGAUCCUGCGGGCCCAGGCAGAAGGCUGCAAGGCUGGGGAUCGCCCAGGACUCUCUAGAGGAAAGGGCAGUUUGGUGCCUCAGCUGCCUCCAGACGGUUCCUUGGGAGAAUCUUCCAGGCCCACGGGUAGCUCAUCCCAGCAGAUCUCCUCAGCACCUGGAGGCCACACUGUGCUGACUGCACACCCCCUUCUGGAACACAUCGGAUGCCACCAGAAUUCCCCCUCCCCUUCAGUGCCUACUGCCUCAGUCCCCCUUGUGGCCUCACCAGCAACCAGUGCAGACACAGAACCUCAGGCUGCUGGAGUGGCAGCACCCAGCAUUCCAAACCAGCACAAGGAACCUAACAGCCGGCUAGGGGGAGCCCUCAGCAAAGACCUCUGGGGAGGUGACCACAGGGAUCCGAGGUGGGGGGCCCAUUAACUGUACUGUCCCUUUGCUCAGGCUUGCUGAGGAUGCUGGGUGGCCAGGAUGCCUGGUAGGACCCUCUGGGGUAAAACCAUCGCAGGCUGCCUGCUUCCCAGGGUGUACCCUCCUUACCUGCUCAGCGGCUCUGAUCACUGCUGCAAGUCUGGCCCUUUGCCUCUGCUGUACCAGGCCCCAUGUCUGCACAGAGCCACUGUAGAGGCUUUCCUCAGCCAUGCCUCCGGCUUUCUUGGCUCAGGUUCAGUCAGCCAGUUGCUCUUCCUCCUUAGCAGAGCCAUCUAGGUUCCAGGUGGGCGUCAUGCAUACCACAUAUGCACAGAGCCAGCUGCAGAGGGCACCAUGAAGGCACCUUAAUCUCCUGCUCCUGAUCUCAAGGACACUAAAAGGCCAGUCUUUGUCUGUCUAGAGUGAAUAUUCACAGAUCUCAUUUAGGGAGAGCCUGGCCUGUGGUCUAAGCUGAACUGACCCACAUGGAUUCUAAAAUUAAAUAUAUUAGCUGCUAAGAAAAGGCCAUUUGGCUUCAGUGGAAGAGUGCUCAGAGGGGACGGCACUCGGGCAUGGUUGCCUGGAUUGUCACCAGUACAGUGAGAACUAGGCAGCUUACGUUUCCCUCUUCCACACACACACACACACACACACCUCAAGAGAGCUGAGCAUGCGCAGUGAGGCUGGGCACAGACUGCCACAGGGUUCCUGGGGAGAGUACUGCACAUGUGCCAGUCUCCCAGGCUGUGUACAGAGUGUCACAGACUUAGUCUGGGCAGCUUAAAUCAGGGGUCCCAAAUCAAGGUCUUGUCAGGGUUGGUUCUGCAGAGGGUAUCUGGCUCCGUUGGAGGCUGUCUUCAUGCUCAUGGUAUCUUCUAUGAGUCUCUUCUCCAAAUGCCCCUCCUGCCAGGACACAGGAUGUUUGGGUUGGCACUCAUUCUCAUUUGAACUCAUCUUCGCUAAAGACUCUAAGGAACGUCACAUUCUGAAGUGCCAGGGGGCACAGCAUGGUCAGCCUUUCGACAUUAUGACAAAGUGUUGUCAUCUAGAAAGUUCACAUUCAAGAACCAGACAGUUGAGAUUAAAAACAAACAAACAAACAAAAA